AGGAAGUCAACCAUCGAACGCCUUACGCUCAAAUUAAAACUCAAAUUCAUAAUCACAAUCACACUCUCAUUUAUAUUUACAUUUACAUUAAUUACAAUGGCAAGUAUCGAACAGCAGUUCUUGCAGCAGUGUAGCAGCAUGCCCAACGACGAGGAUGUAAAAUACCAGCGACACAGCAGCUGCAUUGCACCGUCUGUGGUUCAUGACGGGCCUCAGACCGGCGUCAAGGGCGUUAUUGCUGACUACCGGCAUAAACAGCUUGAUCAGUGGCAGCAGCAUGAAAUAAAAAUGGCAGCGGCAAAGUCUGCGUACACGAGCGCUGCCCAGCGCAACAUUCAAGACGAGCAGCCUGCCAGCGACACAGACCUGCUAUCCAACAGCGAGGACGAUGACGAUAAAUUUAUUGCCGAGUACCGAAACAAACGCAUAUGUGAGCUCGCCCAUGUCGCCGAGAAAAAUGGCAUGGGCGCGCUGAGGGAUGCAACGCCUGACGAGUACGUAGACAUUGUUGACGAGCGGGCACAGUCUGGGGACUGCGUUGUAGUUGUCUUAGUUAAUGCCAGCGCAGCCUCGAGGAGGUUCGAGUCAGGCGUGUUUCUGCGCGUGUCUGCCAAGGAAUGCGGAUUUGUUGAUGCCUCGGUGGUACCGAUUGUGCUGGUUUACCGUGGCGGUGAGCUGAAACAUAAUUUGGUCCGCGUCGUCGAUCAUCUCAGUGAUCCAAAUGGGUUUGUGUCGCAUGAUGUAACCCGGCUCUUGGACUCCAUCUUGCGCAAGUAACAGAAAAACAGUAUAUGACUGCUUGCAGCAGUCCGAAUAUCCCUUAGAUAGUUGUCCUUUGACUGUAAAAGGGGCGCAAAUGUGCAGUAUGCAGCGGUUUUCAAUUUUUUGGUUGUACUUGUGGUUGCUGAGACUAAAAAACAUUAUGACAGUUUACAAAUUAUGCACGGUCGUGUGUAAUUGAUAAUUGUUUGUCGUUAAUACAAAAAGGGAAAAGGGAGAAAAAGAAAACAAAGUAAAAGAAAAAUGCAGGAUGCGAUUCAACUAGGGAGGCUGAAAGCUAGAGCCGUUUAAAAAAG